CUCGAAUGCCAAAUAAAGAAAAUUAAAUCAGAUACUCGUCUCCCAGAAGACGAAGUUGAAAAGUUUUGCAAAGAAGACGUCACGAACGGCUACAAAGAAAAAGACGACGACAGUACCGUUCCGAGAAAGAAAGAAAAAGUCGAAACUCACGCGAAAAAGAGGAGAGACUACAAUCAGCAGACCGGUAGUUUGAUUACGUUUCCUAGGAGAGAAGGGGGAGCUAGAAGUAGGGAGACUUUGAAUAGACGAUCGGUGCCCAUUGUGAGGGAGAAAAAGAAGGCAAAUCAUGAGUCUUUGGGCAGCUUCGACGUAUACAAUAUCGAGACAGCCAUGCCGAAGAUCGAUUUGGAGGCAAUCGAAUGCCACCUUCGGGCAGCCAGGGAGGAGGAACGAAGGAGGCGAACAGAUCGCGAGGAAAUAAGAAGAAGAUUGGCAAUGGGUUCUGAGGACGACUAUUAUUCUGACAGACCAGGAAGGAAACCAAGUUUGCAAGCCAGAUUACAGAGUGGAAUGAAUCUUCAGAUCUGCUUCAUGAACGAAUCUCUCUCGGACACUGACAGUCCCAGUUCCGACUCAGAAUGUCCAAUGACGAACCCUAAACAUCACAAAUCGAAUAACAACUUGAAAUCCCCCACAAAGACGGAGAAGACCCAACAACCACCAGCGAGACCUGCGACGCUCUCGCUAAGUCAGCAGCCGCAGCAGUUGGUCAGGGAACCACUCCAAGAGCUGGAUUUCUUCUCUCGGCAAGCCAGGCUGCAGACGGAGGCUAGAAUGGCUUUGGCUCAAGCCAAGGAAAUGGCACGAAUGCAAAUGGAGAUUGAAAAACAAAGACAGAAAAAGAGCCCGAUAACCGAAAUGAUUCGAACCAGUAUGGAAAAGGUGGGCAUACCUUUUCCGGAGGACAAACGUCGAUUAUCCAGGCAGAUUUUGACGGAUAUGAACGUGGCUCAGCUGCAGGUCAUCGUAAAUGAUUUGCACACGCAGAUAGAAAAUUUGAACGACAGUUUAGUGAAAUUUUUGAUGGCGAGGGACGAUCUACAUAUGGAGCAGGAUUCUAUGCUAGUGGAUAUUGAGGAUUUGACGAGAUAUUUGGGAGCCAAAGAACAAGUUUUGAAAGAACAAAACCUACCACCAACCAAAAACAACAACACGCCUCCAUCGCCAGCUCCGUCAUCGCCCCUGCAAGCACUCAACAGCAGCGUGAAACCACAUCUACACAGGAUAGCAAGUUUAGUAAAGAAAUAACCGUUGUCUAUGGUUCAAAAUCCUUCCAAAAAUGUGUAAAUAUUUUCAGAAAGGUAUGUUCAGGGACAGAGUAAGACGGGUUGCGGAUUUUUGGACAAGAUGUGGGUUUUAGUUUGGUCAGAUACUCACUGUUUAGCAAGGAUGCUCAAUCUGAAUUUGGGUUGUCCAUUUAAUUGUUUGGUGAUACUUGAAGGGAAAUUAUUGUUGGUAUACUAACACCCACACUAAGAGGUUUUUGUUGAGGUCCCCAGACACAAAUUAUUGUCGUUUUCAAAUGUUUUUAUUUCUAGUUGAACAAAAACUAAUAAAUAUUUGUUUUUGUACAACUAUUAAUCAUAAUAAUAACAGAAUUUGUAUUUAUCGUCACAUUAUUGCUUGAUAUAUAUUGGGCCACACUGAGAUGCACAAUAUACCGUGCUAUAUAUUGGGUUGCCUACCGAUCAGUAGAUCCCUAAAACAGUUGAUCAAAAUUUACAUUUUUAAGCUUAUUUUUGUGUUAAAUAGACACAAUAAAGAAAUUUAGUGACUUAACUAGCAGUUUGAGUGGGCAAUAAAGUUAUAAUAAUAAUAUGGCUAACUAGUAUUCCAAGUGACAAAAACCUCUUAUCCAAAAAAGCAAUUUUCAAAUAUGAAAUCAACACCUAAUGUUUUAUAUUAAGUGUGUGAUUCGACGGUGUACACAAAACCAUAGAGAGGUAGUCGGAUAACAAUGUGUAGAAAGAAAUUUAUGAUGACUGUUGAGUGCCAUCGGUUUCAAAAUGAAGUUAGGCAGUUUUUAAUGUAAUUGUCAUAGUUGUUAAAUAAAUACUUUUGUAGGUUGAGUAGUCACUAUUUAAUUUAUUCAUUGAAACAAACACAAUACGAUUACAUAGGUUUUGGUAUUUAUGAGUAUACUCACAGAAAAUGAAGUGUACACAUAUUUUUGAAGUAGGCUAGAAAACAGUGACAAAUUUAAUAUUUGACAGAGACAAAACAAUGACAGUUGAUAGGUAGCCCAGUUCGGAUAUAGUUUUGUACGUUUUUCAAUUUCUUAUGAGAUAUCAAGAUAUAUCACAUUUAUGGAAAAAAAAUUUUUAAUAAUGUUUUUAUGUUCGAAAAAGUAAAAAUGACGUUAAAAUAUAUAAAAAUGUAAAAACAUUCUUAUAAAAGGCCAAUACUACAUACAUGUAUUUAGGGUUGAGUUUACCGAAAGUACAAGCUGAAUAUAGCUGCAAAUGUCAAAAAUAUUUGGGUUUGGCAGUGUUGGGAUGUUUUUAUAAUGCAUAUGUUGUAUGCUUCAAAUAUAAAAAAGAGAAAGCUUUUAAAAAGUACAUUUUGAUUAUACUAUUUUAUGAAUUCUGCAAUUUUUAAUUUAUAUGAAGCAAUAACGAGUAAUUAUUUGUCUCUUUCGAGAUUAAUUGCAAACAUCCGUUGCAAUCUGGCAAUUGCUGAUUUAACGAUUGCCAAAUCUAUCCCCUAAUUUAUCGAAAGGGUAAUUGCCAAAAUAAUUUCUGAUAAUUAACCGCAAUUAAUCUCCAAAGAAACAAAUAUUUACUUAUUAUUGUUUUAUAUAAAUCAAAAAUUGCAGAAUUUAUAACAUAAUAUAAACAAAAUGUACUUUUCUAAAUUCUAAAGCUUUAUCUUUUUAUAUUUGAAGCAUACAUCAGCUACAUUAUAAAACAACCGAAAUUUUUUGUUCCAUGUUUGACAUUUGCGGCUAUAAUCAGCUUGUACUUUCGGUAAACUCAACCGCAUUUAGAUAAAUUGUAAUUUUCUCUGGGUAAUUUUUUAACUGAUGCUAUUCUUGCUGGUCCAAAUUCUUAUCACAUUUGACUUUAUAUGAAUUUGUGAUGUCUCUGAUCAAAUGUUUUUCUAAAAACUCAGAAAAUCGUGCCCUUAUCAGGGUUUUCUUUUGACAAGUUAAAAACUUUGUUAAAAAUGUUUUACCGGUUGACGUAUUUACAUAAAAAAUGAUGUAUAUUAGAGGAACUAUAUGUAUCGUAUUGUGUAAUAAGUAUAGUUCGUUAUGAAUUCUUAUGGAUACAUAGGUGAUAUUAAUUUUAGUCGGUAGUUUAUUUAUUUUUUGUACUUUCACAUAUCAAAUUGAUAUUUUAAUUGAUUAGUUCAUAGAUCAAAUUGAAGUUACUACUAUAUCUGUACAUAUAAUCAUCCAUUUUACAACUAUGUAAUUUUUAAACAAACUCUGGAGGCAGGAAAUUAUCAGCCUAGCACAUUAAGUUUCAAACGUUCAAACAAUAAAAGAGUAUCUUGAAAAAAUAUUAAUAAAUGGCUAGGUCAUAAAAAAAUUUAAUAAAAUUAUUGUAUAAUCUGUUACCAGGACUUUCAUAUGUCAUUUAGUUACAUCAAACACAUCACAGUUGACUGUUCAAUGUAUUUUAUUAGUUUUAAGAAGUGGAUAACUUGAUUUAACAAUGAGCAAUGGUAAGUGUAUGUAAUCUUUCAGUGUGUACUCGCCAUAUACUGCACUUCUUUAUUUGUCACAAGAACUUCAUCUGUCAUUUAUCUAUACUAGAUAAAUGACAGCUUACUGCCUUGUGUAUUUAACCAGAUUUGAAACUUACAUAGUUGACUUAGUAAAAAUAUAGAUAUAAUAAUUGUUUCUUUAAACAUUAUAAAAAAACUAUCUAAAAAACAUCAUGCAAAAGUUUAAUUCUUCGCGCUUUUCAUGAAUAUAUCUAGUAACCGUAAGAUGUUAGACAAUAUCAAGUUUUGCAUGAAUCAGUUGUGUUUUUCAUUGUAAACAUUGGGUCAAAGUGGGUGUUUAAACAGAUUAAAUAACUUUAAUAUAACAAGGAACCUAUGAUGAUUUAUCAGGUUUUGGUUAACUGUUGUAUAACAAUUGGCAGGUGACAGAUGAUGUAUGUUCUAGUGUCUAUGAUAAUGAAUUAAAAACAAUGUGGUGACUGUCUUGUUUUUAAUAACUUUUUAACUAGCGUGUUGAAUGAAAAAUUCAAUGGGUCAAGGUGAUUGGAUUCCAUCAAAUUUAAAUCACCCUUUGUUAGGACACUUAGCGGAUAGUAGAUGAAUGAUGCGUGCAGUAUGUUAGCGACAGAUGACAAAUGACACUCCAAUCAACUAAUAAUCUAAUGAGUUGGUUUCUAAUUUCUUUUAACUGUCUAAAACUGAUGUUUUUACUUCUCUAUGAAAGUUUGUUGUGUUCAGAAGCCAAGAUUUAUAUUGAAUUGUGAAUGAUGACAGAUGAUAGAAAAAUUUUGAUAAAUACGGAAUGAAGUGUGUUAAAUGACAAGUGACAUGACUAGAAUAAAUGAACAAAAAUCUGGUCUUUUUCUGUUUUUAUUUUUAACGAUCUUUGGAUAUAUAUACUCAGUUUUAUUCUAAUUACCAUUUUGAUCCAUUGUCCAAUUAUUUCCACUAAUCACUCCACUAAAUUCUGUAAUAUACAAUGACUGAUGCUUUAAUUGUAAAUACAAACAAAAAAUACUUAAAUAGAGUAGGUUUUAUGUAACCUCUUUACGAUGUAUUGUUAGCUUGAGAUGAAGUGACGUUUUUUCGAAAAAACUAGUUCUUCAUACUUAAAUAUAUAUUUUUUUCAUCGAUCAUACCUAAAUGCUAUAUUCUUGCCAUGCGAAUUUAGAGAUAGAUUUGUUAUUUCAGGUCAAAGUUAAAGGACGCAGUGUUAAAAUUAUUUUGUACAACGUUACAUGUCAUUUAAAUGUGAUGCUAGGAAAUAUGAAGAAUGUAUUUGUGACUGGAGUAAACUGUGGAAGUAGUAAUAGUCACCACAUUUAAUCUAGUUACACAGAAAUUUGUAUGGAAAUACAAAUGUGAAUUCAUGAAAACUGUUGAAACAUUUACAACCAAUGACGUAUAAUAUAUAGACUACGCAGUCCCCUAUUCUCGCUAUAGAAUCGAGUGUCAAGAUCUCGGCUCAAGGUUGAAGGUAUGUUUAUCACAACAGCGGCGUGUUCAUUUAUAUUUUAAUGACAAUAAUUAUUUUUUUAAUUAAAAUUAAAUAUUUAUGAUUUCUUUUUGUUCCCAUCUAUAAG